UACAUGCCGGCGCCGCGAACCUUUAUGUAACACCCUGGGUUCGGGUUUUAACUCUCGCGAGAUUGGAAAUGGGAAUGUCAAGUGUCAACAACGAGGCGACGACAGCACCGCAGCGUUGGUGCCCGGACGGAGCAGGGAGGGGAGCGACGAGGCUGCUCGAAAGUCGGAACUUAUGUGAGAGAUGGGGGAUGACCGCCCAUUUGUCUGCACUGCCCCUGGAUGUGGGCAGAGAUUCACCAACGAAGAUCAUCUUUCUGUGCAUAAACACAAACAUGAAAUGACAUUAAAAUUCGGUCCUGCUAGAACAGACUCUGUUAUUAUAGCAGACCAGACACCCACACCCACACGUUUCCUGAAGAACUGUGAGGAAGUUGGACUAUUCAAUGACCUGGCCAAUUCCUUCGAACAGGACUUUUGUAAAGUACAGGAAGAGGAGCACAGGACAAAAAACACAGCUUCAGCUUUACAAACACAAUGUGUAGCAAAGGAUGAAGAUGAAGAUCCUUUAGAAGUGGAUUCUUCUCCUCCCAAUAGCCCAGAUUCUUCCUCCAGCAUGUCAGACAUAAGUAAAGAUUCAAGGGAGAUUCUGACAAAGCCAGUGGCAAGUUCUGCCCCAACUCCAACCAUUGUGCGUCCAGGUUCUCUGCCUCUCCACAUGAGCAAUGAUCCUCUUCACCCUACGCUACCAUCUCCAACGUCUGUCAUCACGCAGGCGCCGCCCUCGAACCGACAGCUUAGCUCACCAACAAGCUCUUAUCCCAUCGUAAGGCACUUUGCGAAUGGGCAAACAGUCCCUCUGCUGCAAAGUCCUGCGCAGAUUACCUCAGUCAUUUCUCUGGCGAGGCCCGGGAACUCAGUGCCUAACAUUCCUGGGAUCCCAGGACCCCCGGUCGGCGGGGCCAGCAGUGAUUCAUCCUCCCCAUCAGGUUAUCACCUGCAACCUGAGACCAAGAUGCGCUUGAAGGCAGCCCUAAGUAAUCAAGGCUCAGGAGCACAUGAUGGUGGUGGUGCCGGGGGGGCAGGAUCCUUCCCAGCCAUCCCCCAGAAGCAGGAACAGAGCCAGCAGCCUACUCAAAAUUCGGAUGCACCGUCACCUGCCCAACCACAGGUGUCCCCUGCGCAGCCAACUGGAGGCCGGCGGCGGCGAGCCUCUGAGAUGGACCCCGAUGAGAGGAGACAGCGUUUUCUCGAAAGGAAUCGAGCAGCCGCCUCACGCUGCAGGCAGAAGAGGAAGUUGUGGGUGAAUUCUUUGGAGAAGAAGGCGGACGAUCUUGCCAGCAUGAAUGUCUCUUUGACGAACGAAGUAACGCUCCUAAGGAAUGAGGUGGCUCAGCUGAAGCAGCUCCUCCUCGCCCACAAAGACUGCCCCGUCACUGUUAUGCAGAAGAAAGCUGCUUUCUUAGCUGCAGGAGGAGAGGAAGCGUCCCGGGAGAUGUCGGCCGAACCCAUCGGAUCGCCAGCAGCAGUCAUCCAGCAUGGGCCUUCUCCCUCGGCCCCGCCCUCUAGCCCGGGUCCCACCAUCAACGGCAUGAGCGUCCGUGCCGCAGAGGCGGUGGCCAUGUCUGUCUUGGCCGGCAUGGGAUCGGGCCAGCCGGGAGGGGUUGUCAUGGUGACGCAGUCCCAGUCAACGCCGAGAUGAUGUGCUGACGCAGGUAGCCAGUAUAAACUCGAGUGGCAUUUGGGAGGUUGGACUGUUGCCACGUGUUAAACUGAGGGAGUCUCCCUCACUCCCACUACCCCCAGAGUAAGACUCUCUCCUUCCCUCACGGCCAAUGAUAAUCACAUAAAGACACGGCAUCAGGCCUCCUCUCUUCUCUCUGUGUAUGUAAAUAGGGAAAACACGAUGCGGAGUCUUCGGUCACAUCCUGUAUUUGAAUGACAAGUAUGAAUGAACCGUGUUCAUCAGGCUCUGAUCACUUCAGUCCCAAACAAAAUUCAGUGCCUGUCUGUGCGUGACCCACAAAGCAGGCUUUGAUGCAUCUGACUAAAUAUUUGAGAGCGAUCAUUCACUGGCCCGAUUCGGCAAGCUCCCCCCUUUGUGCUCAAACGAUGUACUGAUGCAGUGACAUGUCUGGCUUGUUGCAGCCUCUUGUGGCUUUCUACCUUGCUUUAGUAGUUAAUCUGACCCUUUAAUUACCUACCCUGCCCGGCCCCACCACAAAAGGCACUGUCAUAUUUAGCUGGAUUGCUUUUAGCUUUGAAUACAUUGCCUUGGCACUGAUAAGCUUAUGUGAUGCCCUAAACGUUCAUUUCCGUCCUGACCCUGAGCAGCAGUAAUUUGCUUCCAAUGUCUUUGAUAAUGGAAGAGACGGCUACUUCAGUCUUCUCUUGUACAUCCCAAAGAUUAUAGAUUUAUGGGUGUUGCAUCAUUGCAUCCCCUUUUCUUCUUAUCCUAUGCACCCUUCACUCUGGAACAGAGUCAGUCUGCAUUGGGAUCAAUAUUUGUUUCCUAGCCAUACUGACAAGUAUGUUUUUUUUUUUUGUU